AUAAAAACAGAGGCAUUGAAUAUGGAAUAAAUUGAAGUCUAUCAACUAUUAUAUUCAGAUAUUCAGAUAUGGGUUAUCUAUGGUCCUCCUUUGUUAAUUCAUUGCAUAAUAUUCCAUUAAUUCCUUCUCUUGGAUGAAUAAUGAUCGCCAUGAAAGAGCAGAGGAAAGCUAAAGCUAAAUCCAUAGCUACGAAACUUGCCUACGUCAUCCUUCUCGUCCUCACCUACACUUUGGCCUAUCAAUACGGCGUAUUCACUUCUUCAUCUUCUUCUCCGGUUCCUCACUCAGUUCCUUCGCUCGUCCAGCUCCCCAACCAGCUCGACCACUUCCGAGUCACCACUCACUGCGCAGACCGCCCGGUCCAACCCCACCUGGUCCGCCAAACAAUCUUGGACCGGCUCUUCAACUCCACCUCCCCUUUCCACGACUUCCCACCACCGCACGUGCGAGGCCGCCUCCGUCCCAAGCGCAUCAAAGGCUGGGGGUCCAAAGGCGCCGUAUUUGAGAACCUCAUAAGGAAAGUGAAGCCACGGACGAUCAUCGAGGUCGGCACGUUCCUCGGCGCCUCGGCAAUUCACAUGGCCAAUUUGACUCGCCGACUCGGUCUCCAGACUCAGAUACUCUGCAUAGACGACUUCCGCGGCUGGCCCGGGUUCAGAGACCGUUUCAGGGACAUCUCGAUGGUAAACGGCGACGUUUUGUUGCUGCAUCAGUUUAUGCAGAACGUCGUAUCCGUCAACUUCACGGAGUCGGUUCUACCCGUACCGUUUUCUUCCGGGUCGGUUCUGGAUAAGCUGUGCGAGUGGGGCAUAUUCGGGGAUUUGAUUGAAGUGGACGCGGGUCAUGACUUUCACUCCGCCUGGUCCGAUAUAGCCCGGGCCCACCGCCUCCUCACACCCGGAGGUGUACUCUUCGGCCACGACUUCUUCAGCGCCGCCGCAGAUAGAGGCGUCAAAAGAGCCGUAACGUUGUUUGCUCAGCUGAAUGGUCUCAAAAUUAGAAUUGAUGGGCAGCAUUGGGUCAUGGUCCCACCUUAAAAUUCCUCCACGUCAAACAUAUUUAAUUUCAGAUAAAUUCAACAUCAUUUUUGAACAAGUAGUAUAUGAUAGAGAAAAUAAUGAAAAGACAGAAGAAGGGUUUAAAUCAGUGACGACAACAAAUACAUACGAUUUAAAUUUUAGGUUGGACUUUGUAGUUUGGACAGAACUCUAUGUAUUACUAUUUUGUUAUAGUAAUUAGAUCAAGUUGGAAAUUGAUUGGUUGGGCUUUAGUAGGCCAGGCAUUUGUUUUUGUAUAUGUUUCUUGUUUAUUAUGUUUGGAGAUGUAUUAAUUGCGAUUGGACCUAAAACUAAAAGCCUUUACUGUUCUUAAAUCGACUAGGUAACCACUUUUGUAUGUUAGUCUCUGUUUUAUAUACAAAGUUUGAUUUAUAUACAUAUAUAUAGG